CCUACUGUAUUCGCUAUUAGAGCAACAAAAUGUCUACCACCACAGAGGAAGAGUCAGCUAGUGCUGUUGAAGCUAGCCAGGAGAUCCCGCCAUCGCCGGAAUACAGAGAACUGGCCAGAGACAUGUUUGAGAAGAUCACAGAAUAUCUCAAUGGAGAGCUAUCUGCUACUAGUGAAGAGUACCAGUUACUGCAUCGACUCAACCAAAUGACUAUUGCCAAGUAUUCUGACAUGACCUCACUCGCAACUAGGCUUAACGAGGUCUCAGAGAGCCUGAAUGACAAGUUCGUCUCUCUUCAGCCGUACUGUGAUCAGAUUGACCAGGUGGAAUCAAGCGUGAGUGCUCUGGAACAAACUGCGUAUCGACUGGAUGCAUACUGCAAGAGACUCGAAGCAAAGUUCAAAGAAUUUGAGAAAAGAUAGCUCUCCUAUUAAUAUGUGCGUGCACGUGUGUGUGUGUGAUUUUGUUUUGUAUGUAACUAUAAUAUAGCUGUCAGACUGUCGUAUCUAUUGUGUGUUGUGUGUCAGGUGUUAUAAUUAUAUCUGUUUUUUUUUUAUUAAUUAUCAUUAUAACAAUUAUAGUAAAUGUGAGUUACACACG